CGAAAUGGUUAGAGACCAGUUCAUUGAGGGAUGUCUGUCUGACCAGCUGCGUGACAAGCUUCUUUUGAAGGAUAACCUGACCCUGGAGAAGCUGGAGGACAUCGCCGAGGCGGUCGAUCGUGGUCUUCAGCGGCGAGGCGUCCUGAGAGGUGCUGCAGAGGGAUCAACCGGUCCAGCAGCUGCGCAGGUAGCAGAAGUCGGACCAGCUGCUGAACAGCAAGAAGAGGUAUGUGAACCCGUUCGCAGCCUCCGGUACGGUCCAUGCUAUGCCUGUGGUAGGAGAGGACACCGGUCGGGUGAUAGGAGAUGCCCUGCAAAAGAGAAGCAGUGUUACAAAUGCCAUGAGACAGGUCAUUUCAGUCGUUGCUGUCGUACAAAGCGGAAUGACACAGAUGCUAAAGAUCGUCAGGUGGGGGCAGUACAGGUGCUUACCGUUCAAAAGAGCAUGCCUUCGAACUGUCCGUGGUACACCGUUGGCAUUGGAGGUCAUGACGUGUCGAUGAUGGUGGACACAGGUGCAGCAGUCAGCAUCAUACCCACGCAGCUGUAUCGGGAGACCUUGAGUAAGUUUCCGCUGACCAGGGCCACGGUAAAGCUAGAAGCGUAUGGCGGUGCGGGCAUCAGCGUGCAGGGAGUCUUCAGCGCUUUAGUAACAACCCCGUGUGGUCGACAGACAGAAGGAGAGUUCUAUGUAGCUGAUGCUGAGAUUCCCUUGCUAGGAAGAGACCUGCAGAGGACACUUGGAGUGACUGUGAAGAAUGGAACUGAUGUUUGUCUUGUCCAACAGACCAGCCAGCUCCCAGCAAUCAACGGCUUCGUCCACAAGGUCAGGCUUCGGGCUGACGUGGAGCCUGUGAAGAAGAAGCUGCGGUCACUGCCCUACGCUGUGAGGGAGGACGUCACCAAGCACCUGCAAGAGCUGGAGGAGCAAGGUGUGAUCGAGAAGGUCGGCAAACACACCUCGCCGUGGCUCUCUCCGAUCGUGGCCGUCCGUAAACGGAACGAUCACAGGAGGAGCACGACCAGCGUCUCAGGAGGGUGAUCGAGCGGAUGCAGGCCAGAAACAUCACCUUGAACUGGGACAAGUGCAGGAUUUGCGUCUCAUCGGUUGAGUUUCUUGGAUUCGCAGUUUCUCCGAAGGGGGUGGCAGUCUCUGAAGAGCGCGUUCAGGGCCUUCGAGACCUACAGCAGCCGACUGAUAAGAAGAAGCUUCAGUCAGUCCUGGGAACCCUAGGGUUCUACGCGAAGUUCGUCAAGAACUACAGCACCCGGGUUGAACCUCUGAGACGGCAGCUCCGCAAAGACGCGCCGGAGUUUGCCUGGACGCCGGAGAUGUCGGCAGCGCUGAAGGACGUCACUGAGGCCAUCCUGCAGUCGAACGCGCCGGCGAUGUUCGACCCGGCACUUCAGACGAUCGUCACAACCGACGCCAGCGACGUGGGACUCGGUGCUGUCUUGUCUCAGAUGCACCCAGAAGUCCAGCAUCUGAAGGGGGUGCUCAACCCGGCUGAUGG